GUUGUUGUUUUUGAAAGAUUGCGUGGAAACGAAUCCUGCCAUAAAUCGUGCAUACGCUAAUGACGCAUUUUAUAAAAUAAUAUUCAAGAGACCAGCACCGCCACACAGCUCAUACUCUCUCUUGCGUGGAAACCUCCCCCCGCCUCCCCCCCCCCGUCCCCGUCAUUGCAUUUACACCGUGCACCCUAUACACAGAUCUGCAAGUGGCGAAUUGUGAACGAGCGUCCCUCAUUCAUAAAGGAUCUGGGGCGAGGAGGAGGAGGAAAGGCGGUAGCGGUGGUGGUUGGGAGCGAUAGGGGGUGGCAGUAAUUGUAUUUAAAGGCAGAGCUCUAGAGCGGCUCUGACUCCGAGCAGCAAGCGGCAAAGACUGUGUGCAACAGAGGCUUAGGUCGUGCUUCUGAAUCGUCAAUACGAAGCGGUGUGACAAUCGCGCUCUAUCGAUCCAAUGUUCAUCAAGUAGAUUUCAUGAUUUUUUUUUAAACCUCUUUUUUGCUAAAUGACCUCGCUCGCGCCAGACCCUUUCCCGUUGAAAUUUGGUGUCAAUUUUCGCAUGGAAAGUGGCAUAUCGGAGAGCUCAGAUCCCAACAAUGGAGAUGCCGGAAAAUGCGUCGAGCGCUCCGCUGCCACACGGCGUCGGCGACUUCGGCGAGAACGGCUCCACGGGGCCGAACGUCACCGGGGUUUUUGGCGGCGAGGACGCGGAGCCAAUCGUGGGCCCUCGCUGGCAGGCGGUCAUCAUCGCGCUCUACGGCCUCGCCACGGUGUUGGCGCUCUCCGGCAACGCCGUGGUCGUCUGGGUGCUGGCGCUGGGCCGCCGGGCGCGCACCGACAUCUCGGCCUUCCUCAUCAACCUGGCGCUGGCCGACCUCACGAUGGCCCUCUUCUGCCUGCCCUUCACCUUCACCGAGGUGCUGCUGCAGAGUUGGCUCUUCGGCGCCCUGCUGUGCCCCCUCGUGAGAUUUGCGCAGACCCUUUCCGUGUCCGUGAGCAUCUACACGCUCACGACCAUCGGCAUCGACCGCUACUACGCGGUGUGUCACCCGCUGCACUCGCGCAUGACCAAGUCCAGGGGAAAGGUGCUCAUUGCCCUCAUCUGGGCCGUGUCGAUCAGCAUCUCGUCGGUGCAACUGGGCAUCUCUCGGCUGGGCAAGGGGAAAUGCCUGGAGGUGGGCUGGCCCAGCCGCGGAUACCAGCAGAGCUACACGGUGGCGCUGCUGCUCGGCACCUAUCUGCUGCCCCUCCUGGUGCUCACCCUCGCCUACUCCAGCGUGGCCGUGCGGCUGUGGGGCCGGCGGACACCUGGCAACGUCGACCACAACCGCGAGCUCCACCAGGAGCGCUCCAAGCGGAAGGUGAUCAAGAUGCUGAGCAUUAUCGUGCUCAUGUUCGCCGUGUGCUGGCUGCCGCUCAACGUGUUCCAAGCGCUGCUCGAGUUCGGGCCCUCGCUGCUGCCUCACCACCCCGGCUCCGCCACGGCCCUCUACUUCUGCUCUCACUUCCUCGCCAUGUCGCACAGCGUGUGGAACCCCCUGGUCUACGGCUUCUACAACGACAGCUUCAGGGCCGACCUGCGCCAGCUGUGCUCGCGCCUCUGCUCCGGCGUGCCGUGCCUCGACUGCCCAUGCGGAGCUCCGUGCGAUCGGAGCGGCGCGGCCGACGGCGGCAAGAGCAAGGCGAAGAAGCAGAAGAGCUCCAGCAUGAGCAUGCGCUCCAGCUUGCAGGAGAGGAAGACCCUGCCCCUGGGCAGCUCCGUGCGCACCUACCUCACGGUGGACACGGUCCCCCAGCAAGCGGCUGGGAACCACCACAAUCAGCACGCAGCGCCGCCUGCAAGAAGCGUAACUGGUUCGUCUUUGGAAACCUACACAUGAAGUGAGCUUUAAAAAAAAAUCAGAGAACAUUGGAGGACUUCGUAUGGAGGAGGCACAUCAUUGUCACCGAUCACGAACAUGGAAAAUUAAUGGAAAUCUUGAGCCGGAAGGAAAAUUAUUGUUCGUAUGUUUGUUGUGCUUUCUUCUUCUGCUAAUCAGUGGAUCUCCGCGUUCAGAAAAUGUCUAUGGCUGCGCUUGAAGUAAAGACAACCUUCAUAUUAUAUAACAAGGCACGGAGGUUCCGUAAAUGCUUCUUGGACAGCAGCUACAUUGUGUCACCGUAGGUAUCCCGUACGUAUUGUAUCCUGAACGAUGUGUACCGUUAACAUUGCGAUGACUGCUGUUCGUUCCGUAGCAAGGUCGGUCUGUUUUGUACAAUUUACAACUGCGUCAUUUAUUUUUUGCCCGGACCGGAGUUCAAAUUCACAUCUGUACCGCGGCUACUCUGAAGUCGCGUGCCCUUUUUUGUGGCAGGAGACGCCAAGGUUACGGUGAAAGAUCAACGAGAUUUAAUGCACUGUCCUUAUUUAUACAAGUGAAAACUAAAGUGAAAAUCUCCACGCAUCACACGGGUGGGAAAACAGUCCUCCGGGGAUCUGUAAGAGGCGGAAUCAACUACAAAAUAUCUCAUCCCCCCCCCCCCCCCCCCCCAUCUGCUUGAGCAAUGUCAUCGCAGAAUUAACCGCAAGUGUUCUUGCACGAAGAGCACGCUGCACGUCCGCCUGUCACAAGGCGUGCAAUGGCAAAGCUGCACCAGACGAGCCACGUCGUUCGCUCUGUGGGUGUACAGGCGUGGUGGUCACUCUGUAAACACGCACGUGCUACACAGGCACGCGGUCUGUAAAUAAUGAAACACCCCAAGUGACGUGUCGUGUUUCAAUGCAAGGCGAUUCGUUUAUAGAUAUCCCACUUGAAUACUGCCAAAAGGGAGACGUGAUGCAUUUAUUUUAAAGCUUCUUCCUUUAUUUCAUUAAUUGCGAUGCCCUUUGUUAUUACUCCUUUGUAAGACAUGGAGACAUCCCUUUCACAAUUUUCAAUCGCCUGUUGUGAAGCGAGUCAGGCGGUUAUUGUAAAAUCAGUGGGCAUUCAUAAAAAUGUACCACCCUGUUGCUUGUGUGCUAUUAUUAAAUUGAGGCAAAUGAAGACCGAUUAUCAUAAGUAUUAUAUUACCUUUAGUCAGUGUAAGUACACUUGGCAAUGUGAUAAUACAAGACAUAGAUGCCAGUAAGCAUUCAUCGAUUUUGGCAAACAACCUUGAUGAUGGAUAUUAUUGGCAUUCCAAUAAUCAUCAUCAUCAUAGUCCACUAAGCGAGAGUUCAGCCCUAUCCGGGGCUACAUUGUGGCGCAGCAGACAGCAGUGGUGAAGAAAAAAGGUGUUGUUAUACUCUAUUUAUAUGCUCCCCGCCUUCCCAGCCUUCACCAACCCGCAGUGACAAGCCAUGGUAUGGUCAAUAAUCCCAACAAUCCGCACAGGGGCCUUCACCCAACAGUGGACUUGCAUGUGCAAUGCGUGGGCGGAAGCUGUGGUUACGUAUUACAAUAAGCAUGCCAAUGUAAUGAACCAAAUAUACUUGCAAAUGUAUUAUUUAUUUUCUUGCCUUUUGACAAAGAAUUAACAGUAUUAAUAAGCACACGAUGUGCGAAGGAGAACAAGCAAGAUAAUUGGAUGAGAGGAAAAAUAGGAAACUCCAAAAAUAUACAAUUCCCACUUGGAAAAAAACGAAUAAUUCCUCUCUCUGGCUGCAGCGAGCAACUUUAAGGACCAGCAUUCAGCUCAAUUAAAAAUAAAGGCUUACUGUGGAAACAGUAAUGCUGAUAAUUAUAAUCAAAGUGGUCUAUAACAAAGACAAAGAUCCCCCAUGCAGCCUACUGGAUAUCUGUUCAAAAGAGCUUCAUAGCUCAUCGGAUUCCUUCAAGCUAAAUAAAGAUUCGAUGCUGUGUAGUUUCCCAUUCUUGUUUACUCUUUCACAUGCAGAAGAGAUCGAACAAAGAUCCACCGUAAUAGCCUCAACAGGCUGUUGGUGCAAGUGCUGUUAGCGAGCACCACGCUCGGCCGCCUUUGUCUCCCCAGUGGUGAUGUUUACACGCCGCACCAAGCUACUCAGACGAC